GAGAGAGAGAGAAAUCAAAAGAUGGUGAGAGAGACAGACAGAGAUAGAGAAGGCUGAAACACAGAGAGUGAAGUAAAUAAAGAAUGCAAGAAAGACUGUACAGUGACGCAGUGCUUCUCUGUCUACUUUAGGUGUACGAAUUCUGUGGAGGCAGCGUGAUACAAGGACUAUACAUUUCCUGUCUCCUAUCAGCCGGAUUUACUCCAAAAAGGGCAUCAAUGACCAUUGGACCAUAUACUUCUCCACAAUAUUGCAUGCACUAAAGGUGGACUUUUAACAAGUGCAGUGACAAUGCAGGAGCAUCUCUCAGUCCAGCACAUGGGCACCAGGAGCACAAAGUUCUCCUAGUAGUGAGGUUUGUCCUGGGCCUCGUCCGGACUACCAUGACUGACCUCCUGGCCAACCUGAGUGUUCCAUGGGGCACACAGGCGAUUGUGUGCCCCAACCUGACAGCAGCAGCCCUGGUUGUGCCGGGGUCAGGCAAGUCUCUGGCCCCCUUCUGCACCUUCUGCUGCUGUGGCCUGCUGAACCGUACCCUGGCCGUGGUGUUUAUGGUCAGUCUGGCCUUCGCCAUAGUGGUGGGCAACGUGGUCACGCUCACCGUCUUCAUGCAGACAAGACAGGUCCGUACACCACAGGGAUACCUCAAAGUCUCUCUGGCCAUAGCGGACAUGAUGGUUGGAGUGCUGGUGGUUCCUUUCUCUGUCUACACUGAGAUCUCUCUGAUGGUGACCAGCUCCUCUCCUGUCUGGUACCAGGGGGGCACUGACCCCUCCAUGGGGGGCCUGGUGGGACCCUGGCAGCCCUGCAUGCUGAUUGGUCCAGUCUUCGCUGGCUGUACGUUUGUCUCCAUCAGUACUAUUUUCCUGAUGACGGUAGAGCGCUGUGUGGCCAUCUUAUGGCCCCUACAUAAGGACCACCUGGUGACACGGAGACGCACCCUGUUUCUCAUCCUCUUCUCCUGGGCAGGCAGUUACCUUCUGGCCCUAGCCCCCCUCAUCCUCAGCAACAACUUCACACUGGAGUACAGUGAGUGCAGCCGGAUGUGUAACUAUGUCCCCCUGUGGGAUGGAGUCACUCUGCCCUCUGACGCCAACAUCCUCCUACUGUUCCCCGUGUUUGACUUUACGCUGCUGGGCGGCACCCUGGUAUUCAACAUCCUGUCCUUCACCAGCAUCCGCCGCUACACACGCAAACGUAAGCUCAUGUCAGAGGGGAAUGUGGGUGUCGAGGGAGGGGGAGGCGGCUGCCAACAUAGACCCUCCUUCUCUGACAUCAAGGCCGCCAAGACGAUCAGCAUUCUGACAUUUGCCUUCACGGCUUCCUUCACCCCCAUCGCUGUGUUUGUGCUGGGCAACGUGGUGGGCUUCACCUGGUGCAACUUCUCCUUUGUAGCCUUCUGGAUCCUGACUGGGAACAGCUGCUGUAAUGUGAUAAUAUACAGCGUGAGAGACCAGCGCUUCAGGAAAGGAGUGACUCUGCUUUUUCAGAGGGAGCACUCACCUACCCACGGGGAGAAAGGCGGAGCUACCCCCCCCACUCACCUUGUGACUACAACCCCACCUCCUUAAACUAUUUUGAAAAGACAACCAGUGCCCUUUUCUUUAACUUUACUAUGGAGAGAGGGGUUUAAUCAGCAUUUAACUUCAGGUUUAAAAAAAUACUUUUUUCACUGUGUCUAAAUAAUGAAAGAUAACUGUAGCUACCCUAUGUGGGAUCUAGUAGUUGCCAGCAUCAUUUAAAUCAUAUGACUCAAGCCGUCUCAUUGGACUAGGUGAGAUAUCUGUGGGGGAUAUCUUAAUAACAUGCACUUUAUCAUAGAGAUGUAAGUAAUGCAUGGUUUUCAUUUGUUUUGUGACCGUCCAGAAACAUGUUAAUUUUGCACAAUUUUCUCUAUAAUAGCUUUUAUUUUUGCUACAAUACCAUUAUAUUCAUGAGGAUGGCAUAAUCAAAUGUGAGUGAAUGAAAUGUAAGAAUGUUUUGAAUCUAAAUGAAGAGAGAUGUUGAUGUUUUGUACAGUUAUGGGCAAUUCGACGGGUCCGUCAUCUGUACUACACAGUAAUGCAUAAUUAUGGUUAGAAAUGUCAUUCUCUUCAAGGUGAUGUAUCCUAAAUAGGUACAGAAAGGUUUACAUAUGCAAGAUCUUCUUUUGCAUAUUUGGAUAUUAUUCUACACACGGGCUAUUAGUUUAAUGAGCUCUGCCCCCAAACAAGACCAAAUUAAAUCUGAACCAAUCAUAGAUGUCUUUGUUUCACAAGUUUAGACAUCAAAGUACAGCACAGUAGAGUACAGUACAGCACAGUAGAGUACAG